AUGGCCCCUUUGGAUACCCAACCUAUCAAGUCACUCCCAGCAUCCAGGGCUGGGAAUAUGGUCGUCCGCAGUUACCAGUCCGGGUCCAUGGAUCGUCAUACCAUGAUUGAUGUCAUUAUCAUAACUGUGAUAUUUAUCGCACUCCUACUAUCACUUUCUGCCUUGGCAUGCCUCCGACCUACAUCCUUGAGCUCACCUCGUGCAGCCCCAGUUCUUGGCACUUCUGUGCCCGUCGCCAAUACAGCCACGCCUGUACAUUCAACUGCGACCCCUGGACGCAGCAUCCACUACUCCAGGCAUAUAUUAGUGAUGUCGCUAUUAUUGCACAAGUGGUGGCCACGCACAUUCCAAAAUGGCGUUCCUCGGUCUGACAUGGGUACUGCGGCCCACCAUGAACAAACUCUGUUUCGUGCUGCUCAACUAUCUGCCCAUACCUCAUCAGCAGGCAUAAGCACAGAGUUCUAUACUCGCCCACUAAGCUUCACCACUUUUUCGCCCACUUCUUUGUCGGGGGGACCCAGCAUCGUCGACACUUUCGUUGACACCGAAGCCGUGGAGCUUCAUAUGCUUGGUGGCAGUAAACCCUUGAGUGCAUCCUCAUUAGCAGUAGCCGACGACGCAGACAUACCUGUGCUGUCUGCUACGGAGUUCAGUGUCCCCGUACACGCGGGUACGGUGUUUGCGGCAGCUGACCCAUUAUGA